AUGCGAUUGAUAAAGAGGCCGAAAGUCGUAGACGCCGAUACCGAGACGGCUGUAGCUACGAAUAUGUCUGAAAGCAUCAACAGUAGUCUCUUUACUUCUCCUCGUCGGGAGUCCAUCUCUCCCCUUUCGCCGUCAUCUUCAUUGGAUGGUGCUUCUCUUUUCUCCCCAAGGGAGUCCCCCAAAUCAUCAACUAGCACGCUCUCGCCCCUGCGACAGCAGUCAGAAAACUACCAUCAACAAGAACCAAGCGAAAAGUUUGACCUCGAAUCCUACCAUGGACAUGGUACCGGCACACUCACAUCUUUCUCUGCCAUAUCCAAGCCUCUCUUCUUCUUAGAGACACUACUCAUGCCCAUUAUUUAA